AUGACAGUUCGGCUCAAACUGACAGUACCAAUGGAUUCUAAGAGGUCGCAUCUUAUGAUUCCACGAACUCCUGAUUCAGGGCACUCUUCAAAAAGGAAUCAUUCCAUGGACCUUCCAGCAAUCCGCUGCAAUCCACAAGAGUGUCUCCACAAUCAAUUUGUUUUCAUCCAAGAAGAUCAAAGUCCUGAAUUGGCCAGCCAACUCUCCGGACCUCAACCCAGUCGGAAACGUUUGGGGAUUACUUGCUAAGCAGUUUCAAACAGUUGACGAGCUCAAGGAUGUUAUUUGGAACGAAUGGGGCAAGCUCUCGCCAACCUAUUUGGAGUCUCUGACAAAGAGAAUGCCGAACCGACUGAGCCAAGUGAUCCAAAAGUUUGGAGGAACAACUUCUUAUUAA